UGUUUCUUGCUCUACAGUAAUUCAGAUAAACUGUCAGUCCGACUCCUCAAAUCAGAGCAGCAGAAUGCAUGAGGGCGAUGCUCUACUGGCUGGUCCUUCCUUAUCUCCAGCAUUUCCAGCACAGAAUGAAUCAAAGGUACCUGGACCUACGAGUCCUGCGCCCGCUGCUGUUCAGCCUACAACUGCAGAGAGUUUGGCCCAUAGCAUCAGAAGCAAGUUUCUCAAUGAGCUUCAUAAAGUCCCAUUACCAUCCUGGGCUUUGGUGGCAUUCGGCUUCCUCGUAGUCCUCAUCACGUUAAGCUGCUGCCUGUGUUUUUGCAAAAAGAUGAUAUUUAAGAAGAAAAAAGAUAAGGGUGGGAAAGAAAAAAAUGAAAAGAACACCAUAAAUAUGUCAAGCGUCAAAGAAGAAGGAUCGAAACAGGCUGUCCAUCAUGGUAUUGAUUCUGACCUCAAAGAAAAGGAUCCAGAGUCUAAAGAUGCUGCAAAAUUGGGAAAACUUCUCUAUACCCUUGACUACAACUUCACUGACAGCGCGUUAAUUGUGGGUGUGAUUCAGGCAGAAGGUCUUGCUGCUAUGGAUAUGAGUGGCACUUCGGAUCCAUAUGUGAAAGUCUACCUCCUCCCUGACAAGAAGAAAAAGUUUGAAACAAAAGUUCACCGCAAAACACUUGAUCCGACUUUUAAUGAGCAUUUCACCUUUAAGGUUCCAUAUGCAGAGCUUGGUGGAAAGACGCUGGUCAUGACAGUGUAUGACUUUGACCGUUUCUCCAAACAUGAUGCUAUUGGGGAUGUGAGGGUGCAGAUGAACAAGGUGGACUUCAGUCAUCUAACAGAAGAGUGGAGAGAUCUUCAGAAAGCCGAGAAAGAGGAGCAUGAGCGUUUAGGUGAUAUUUGCUUGUCUCUACGCUAUGUACCCACUGCUGGAAAGCUGACCGUUGUCGUUCUGGAAGCCAAAAACCUCAAAAAAAUGGAUGUGGGUGGUCUCUCAGACCCUUAUGUAAAAAUCCACCUGAUGCAGAAUGGCAAAAGACUGAAAAAAAAGAAAACCACAAUUAAGAAAAACACACUAAACCCAUAUUACAAUGAAUCAUUUAGUUUUGAAGUUCCAUCUGAGCACAUUCAGAAAGUGCAGGUUGUGGUGACAGCAUUAGACUAUGACAAAAUUGGGAAGAAUGAUGCCAUUGGAAAGGUUUUCCUUGGACUGAACAGCUCAGGAACAGAGCAGCGCCAUUGGUCAGAUAUGUUAGCCAAUCCAAGAAGACCCAUCGCCCAAUGGCACGCCCUUAAACCCGAAGAGGAUGUGGAUGUUGAACUGACAAAUAAGUGAAGCUGUCUGUGCGUGUGAGCA